GCUUUAUAGCAACCGUUGCCCUGAGCUGCAGCGCCAUAGUCACCGUAGUCCUGGCGACUGUAACCCACCAACAAUAACAACAACAACCUCCUCCUCUCCGCUCCAUCCUUACCACCACCUUCCUACCAUCCUCAUCCUCAUCCACAUCCACACACUAGUCCAGGCGCCAUGCAGACCCCAGAGGCAGGCGCGGACUCCACGUCCAACGUGCCCCUCCAGACCAGCGUGCCUGUGCCGUCUGCGGUCAGUGCCCAGCAGGUGGCGUCUCAGGUGCCAGUCCAGCAACAGGCGCAGACUGUUCAACAGGUCCAGCAUGUGUAUCAAGCACAGGUGCAGUACGUUCAGGAGGAAAACAACGCCGUUUACACCAAUGGAACCAUACGGGCGUAUUCAUACUCCGAGCCGCAGCUGUACAACCAGAACAGCGGCGGGAACUACUUCGAUACGCAGGGCAGCUCGGCUCAGGUGAGCACUCACAGCAUGGCCAACAACGGGAACGGCGUUCUGGCCAUGGGGCUGUCAGGAGGCCAGAUCAUCAGCAGCUCAGGAGCGUAUCUGAUUGGAGGAAACUCCAUGGAUGGCUCCGCCCCUCACAGUGCGGCUCAGACCACUAGAGCCUCCCCCGCCACGAUUGAAAUGGCGAUUGAGACGCUCCAAAAGUCUGAAGGUUUGUCCAGUCAGAGAAGUUCACUGCUCAACAGCCAUCUGCAAUGGCUCCUGGAUAAUUACGAGACAGCAGAGGGCGUGAGUCUGCCGCGCUCCACCCUCUACAAUCACUACCUGCGCCACUGUCAGGAGCAGAAACUGGACCCUGUCAACGCUGCGUCUUUCGGGAAGCUCAUCCGCUCCAUCUUCAUGGGGCUGCGCACCCGCCGCUUGGGCACCCGAGGGAACUCUAAAUAUCACUAUUACGGGAUUCGCGUGAAGCCGGACUCUCCUCUGAACCGGUUGCAGGAGGACAUGCAGUACAUGGCAUUGAGACAACAGCCCGUCCAACAAAAGCAGAGAUUCAAGCCAGUACCGAAGUUGGACGGCGUUUCGGGGGAGAACUUCCCCACCGGGGGGCAGCACACGCCCAACGCUGCAGAGCAGACGUUCAUCGCUCAAAGCCAGCACCAUCAGCAGUUCCUGGACGGGUCCAGAGCUCUGCCAGAGUUCGUCGAACUUGACCUCGGAGAGCCUGUGGAAGGCGUCGGACCAGAAGACGUCAAAGCCCUUCAGACGCUGUACAGAGAGCACUGCGAGGCCAUUUUGGACGUAGUGGUGAACCUUCAGUUCAAUCUCAUCGAGAACUUGUGGCAGACUUUCUGGCGCUAUUCUCCAUCCAGCUCCGUAGAGGGCGCCACCAUCACAGAAAACAGUGGUAUGAGCGAGAUCGAGGGCCGCCUGCCGCAGACCACACUGAUUCUGCUCUGCCGAAACGAGGCAGUGCUAAAGUGGAUGAACACCUGUGAUCACCUGAUGUAUCAGGCCCUCGUGGAGAUCCUCAUCCCUGACGUACUGAGACCCAUUCCUAGUGAGUCUCUCUUUAUAGUCAUAGCCUCAGAAGGCACAGAUCAUUAUGGACCAUCACGACACUCUUUUCUUCAGUGUUUUGAGCAGGCAUCGUGGGUGUGCCAGUGUGAAGAGGGCUUGGUUCAACGCCUCGAGCAGGACUUCAAGGCCACCCUCCAGCAGCAGAGCUCCUUGGAACAGUGGGCAGCGUGGCUGGAUAACGUGGUCACUCAAAUGCUCAAGCCGUACGAGGAUACACCCACCCUCCCCAAAGCUGCACGCCAGUUCCUGCUCAAGUGGUCCUUCUACAGCUCUAUGGUCAUCAGAGACUUGACCCUCCGCAGCGCUGCGAGUUUCGGCUCUUUCCACUUGAUCCGGCUGCUGUAUGAUGAGUACAUGUUCUAUCUGGUGGAACACCGCGUCGCACAGGCGACGGGAGAGACCCCCAUCGGAGUUAUGGGAGAGUUUCAGGAUCUGAAUACCAUGUCACCUGCCAACAUUGACAAAGACGAGGUGAGCGAGAUGGACAGCGAUUUGGACGAGGAGAUGGAGGAGUUUGACGAGCCUCUGGCCAAGCGGGAGAAAGCGGAGACGGAGGUCAUCCAGGUGCUGCAGGUGGGAGCCAUGGAGGACGGCAGCAGCGCGGUGGUGGGCGUGGUUCAACCCAGCAUGCUCAGCGCUUUGCCCUCGACCGCCGGCAAUCACACCGAGCACAUCCUCAGCUCGACCGGAACCAGCACCAUCCGCCACUGCGGCAGCGUGGGAAACACGUACACCUCGGUCUGAAAGCCCGUCCGUUUCGCUCUUAUCCCCCAUCUGCGCUUUCUAUCUCUUUCAGUACCAUCUGUCUCCAAGGCAUCCAUUCUUAAAAGCGAAAAUGGAUCACCACGACACAGUGGGAUCAUCUGUUGAUAGUAUAUCAACUUUAUGAUGUGACGAGAUGCUGAUUGUAACGUUUAAAGCCCUGAUGUUAAUAGAAAACAUUUCUGGAUGAGCCAGAACUCAAAUCCAAGCCACUAGUUACGUUCCAUUCGCCUAGUCGAUAUUUAUCACUUCUCUAUUACUGUACUGGUCAUUGUUUACAGUUUUGUUUAGAACAUGUAAUGGGCCAAAUGUUGCUUGCUGUUUGGUUAGGGAGUGCUAAAUGCUGCUAUAAUCGAAGCAGGCUAGACAACUUGUACCGAACGUAAUGAGCUUGCCUUUUCACCAGUCCGAGUGUUUCCAAUUGCCUUCUGUUUGUAGAUUUAGUCGUUUGGUAGCUAAAAAGGAGUUUUUUGUCUUGUCAUUGUACAUAUACUCUGCAUGUGCGAACUGGUGUUGUGGGUCUCGAGUUUUACCGAUUGGACCAAAAACACAAGUGUGAGAGAUAACAGGCUGUCUCGGGCCAUUUCGAAGCUUCGUUGCCUCUCACGCCGGUGCGAUGUUGCAGAACAGAGCGAAUGUCAGGGAUUUUAUGUACCUCGGGUUCAUCUUAGUGCCUUAACCCAAACAACAGCUUUUCAUUUCGUCUGAACUGGUGAAGCGACACCAAGGAGGCCGCUCGUGUUUGUAUAGAGAAUAUUCAUAGUCUUGCGUAAACAUCUGCCACCCAAUUUAUCACGGUGGACACGUGGCUGGAUUUGUGAUCUGACACUGAGCACCUACAUGAAAAUUCAGGGUCAUGGUUUGCUAGAACGUGUCUGUCGCUCACUUACUGCAACGUCAAGGCCCGUUCGUUCCUUCGCCUCUGGAAUCAGGUGAAGUUAUGUGUGCAAAAGCGUGGAUUUGGUCGAGUUGUUUUGUCAUGGUGUGUUUUGCGUCACCCUACCUCACGCCGGCGCUGCCGGUCUUGAUGGGAUUGUGUCUCUUCUUUGCUGACCCACAUGUUCUUGUUUUAAGUUCACAUCGGCUGCCCUCCACAUCACGAUUGGUGGACCAACAGUUGAUAAAUAUAUACGGCGAUAAAGAGUUUAAACCAAGCGGCAACCUUCCGGUCUCUCUCGUGAAACCAAUACAGAAG